AUGCUUCAAUAAUCAUAACUAAUCCAUCAUUCAGUCAUUAAAUAUGAUGAUAAUGAUGUACCAUUGAUGUUUGAAGUUUUACCUUUUGAAGGGAGAGGAGACUAUACUUUUGAAGAAUUUCAAUAACUAUAAGAGCGGAUAGUAUCACAUUAAUAAAUGAUGGAAAAUUACAAAGUAAAUACUUGGGAAACUAUGCAUUAUUAUGAAAUAGUUACUGUUGAUAAAUGUAAAUCAGCAUUCUUAGAUAAUAAUGAGGAGUACCAAGGUAUGAUAACUAUGGUAGAAAUGUUUAAUGCAGAAGUAACUGUUUUAAGUUCAUCAGGUCUUAAAUGCCUAAUAAAGGAAUGCUAGAAUACGUAAUGGAAUGUGGAGACUAUAGUUUUUUCGUUCUUUAGCCAAUAUAAUAAGAGAAAUAUCAUUCUUUACACGUAAUAGAGAGUUGCAAGCUAAAUUCAUAACAAAGUGUUAUAAUUGGGCUUUAGAAACAAUAACCAAAAUAGAUUAUCAAAGUCGUAAACUCGACAGUGAUUAAGGACCAACUAGACCACCAACAGGAUAAACUAAGAGACCAUUUAGUAGUGUAACUUAAGCUAAAAGACCUUAAAGUGCUCUUACAAUUAAAAGUAUGAGACCAUAAUCUGGAUAUCCAACUACUGUGAUAGAUGGAUAUGCAGAAACAACAAUUGAAUAAACUCAUCCAGAUAGACCUGAUUCUGGAGUUACUGGUACUAUUCGUAUUGACUAAAUGGUAUUUAAUAAUUUAAAUUAUAUUUAAGAAAGAAUCUCAAUAUAGUAAAGGGACUUUACUUCCAGGAGAUAUAAUUUAAGAUUAAUUACAUGAUUAUUAAAAUGGAUUUAGAACUAAACAUGAUUCAAUGCCUCCACCUGAUUAACGUUUGACUAAUUAUAAAAGAAGGAUCAUUUAAAAUUUUUAAGCACCUAGACCUUAAAGUGCAAUAGAUAGUUCAGGUAAAAUUAAAAUGAAAUCAACAUUUCCAAAACCAAUAAAAUCAGCUAAGACAGCUAUAAUUGAAGAGAGAGAUGAAGAAGUAAUUUAAGGAGAUUUAGUAGAUAAUAAUGAUGAAGUAUUAUUAAAUGAAGAAGAUUUGGCUGCAAGAUAAGCUGAGAAUGAGGCUAAAUUAAUUAUUUAAGAAGAAGAAGCUAAAAAGAAAGAAAGGACUCUUGAACCUUAAAUAAAAGUUUUUUUGAAUGAUGAAUAAGUAGAAAAUAAUUAGAAACCUAGAAACUUAGAUUUUGAAACAAGAGAUGGUUUUUAAUAAUAUUAAAAUUCUAAUUAAUCUGAUGAAUUAAAUAUUUAAAAGAAAUAUUAAAAACUUAGAAAUAAAGAAGCAUAAUAAAAAAGAGAGGAUGAAGAAUUAGUUGCUAUGAUGCAUUAAUGGUCUUCAAAUAAAGCUAGAGUUGAAAGAGAAAUGAAUAGAAGAAUAGAGAGUGCAACUUAUGGUAAUAGAUUUAGAGAAUUAGAAAUGAAAGAAAGACAAAAUAAAGAAAAAGAUUACAAAGAACUUAAUAAAGUAAAUUAAUAUACAUGAAUCAUGUAGAUCCAAAAGAAUCAUUAAUUGAGUUUGAAUAAGAACAAAUCAAAAUGGGAAGAUGAUUUAAGUGAUCUAUCAGAUGAAGAGGAAGAGAUGAUUUAAAAUAAUAUAGAAAUUGAUGGAUAAACAGGAUUGAUUGAUGAUGAUGGAUAAAAACGAUAAUAAAAAAGAAUUCGACCUUAAACUUGUUAACCUAGAAAUUUAAAUGAAAAAUUACCUAAUUAUUAAAAAGAACCAAAAUUUAUGAAUAAUACUGAUUUUAGAGGACUUGAAUCUAAAAUAUCAAAACAUAAUAUCAACAAAAUUAAAAAAUUACAUGGAAAUAUCAUAGGAUUAUAAGAGGAAGAUGAAGCUAAUCGUCUUUAACCUGAGUAAAGUAUGUCAAUCUAUGGAAAAAAUUAAUCUUUAACUUAAUAGUAAAAAAGACCUUUGUCUGCUAUUUUGGCUGCCUAACCAUUGGAUUAAGUUCGUUAUGAUUAAUUAUAAGUAAAUUUAUUAUUAAAAAUAUAAAGGAAAUUGAAGAAAUAAAAUUAAGAUUAGCUAAAAAAGGAGUCACUGUUCCAGUUUAAAAAUUAGUUAAUGCUUUAUUAAUUCCAGAUCCAAUAAAUCUAAAAGAUCCUGAAGGAAAUACUUUACCUCCACCAGGAUUUGGAAUGAAAGUGGAUCCAUUUGCAAAAAAAAAAAAGUCAAAAAAGAAGAAGAGAAGUAAGAAAUGA